CUUUAUACACGUGCGCACCAGAAAUCCAGCCUUAUUUCAGGUUCAGUAACCUCCACACGGCCGCUGCGGGUUUUGAACUUUGAUCACUUGGUCCAAUUUUCCCACCACUCGACCAACUGAGCUACCCGUGCAGCUAAAGUGUGUCACAAGGCGCUCAUAAUUAUCUCAAGUCAUGGUUUACCGGGUCUUGGGGUAUGUUUGGUAUUUUUAGAGUCAAAUUCUGGGAAUUAAGCUUGACAUCGGCGUUUGAUGAGUAAUCGAGAGAGUUGAAGCGCAUUAGAGAGUUGAUUAAGAGCUUUGGAGGUCAACAAGGUGUUAAAGAUGAGGUUUUGAAGACAAAAGAGCUCUAAGAUUGGUUGCGGGAACAAUCGGAGGCUUAAAGAGCAAGAAAACGGAAGAAAAUGAAGAACAAAGGCAACACUCGCCAUGCGUGCGUGGCAGACGAUCGAAAGCUUGCAAUGACAUUUCACACGAUGUGCGCAUGUGGAUGCACGCCCUGCGUGGAAGACGAAUUUUCGGGGAAGCCACGGGAAGCCGCACACGUCGUGCGUGGCAGGGACGUACAUACUCCGGAUGCACGGACACCACGCACGCCGUGCGUGGGCGCCGUGCAUGCCCCCUACAGUCCCGUUUUGGCCCAGAUUCCACUGCUUUCUAUUUAUACAGUCUGUAAACCUAUGUUUUCCGUUACAGAGCUUCUAGAGAGACAUAGGACGAAAUUGUGAGUAGUUUUCCGCUUUGAUAUUCAAGAAUACGGAGUUAUUUGUAGCAAUAUGGACGUUGGUUCCCUCUUCGCUUUAAAAAACGCGAAAGGAAAGAAGAAGGCCCCGGCGGGCGCUCCUUCUAGGGAGGGGCCCUCUCAAACUGUUGGCGCUGCUGCUGGCGCCGGAGGGUCCAAGCGUUCCGGGCCCGUAAAAAAGAAGGUUGCUGGAAAGGGGGCCGAGCCCCCGGCCAAGAAGCCGAAGACCGCCGCCCCUACCAAACAACUGAUCACCGAUGUGGUGGUGAUUGUUGACGAAGGGCACGCUUCUGCCUCCACCCCCCAGGAACAAAUCAAUCAGGAGUUCUUUGGGCGGGAGAGGUUGGAGGCGAUAGUGCCGAAGGGGGCCUCCGUGUUGGAGGGCAGUUUGAACCCUUCGGCUUUGAUGAGCCAGAUGCUACCUUCGGCCGACCGGCUGGCCCUUGCCCGGCUAGACGAGGGACCCCUCGAGGCGAAGGUCCUCCUGAAUGCCGCCUCCGCUUUCAUGGGCCUCUGCGAGCACCUCCGAAGGGUGGAUCAAAUGAGGGAGGCCAAGGGUGCCGUCGAGGGGGAGGCUGCCCUCCUCAGGAAGAAACUCGCUGAAGCCGAGGAUUCUCUACGGCUGGCCACCGACGGCAUGGAGCAGAGGUUGCAGGCAGCAAGGGCCGAAGGGGUCAAUGAGGGGCUAGCCAGGGCCGGGGAGGCCGCCGCCGAGGCCGCCCGUAUCGCUGCCGAUGAAGCCCGCGCGGCUCAAGAAGAGGCCUUCUCCAAGGCCCGAGAGGAUGCGGUGGCCAGCUUCGUGGCCGAGGGGUGGAAGGCCGAAGAUCGGAGGGAGUGGCUGGCUUCGGUGGUGGGGGCUUCAGUAGAUGAGUGGGUCGGGGGCCCCGGGAAGAUGUGGCUUGCUGAGAGGGGCGACUCGUACUACCAAGGCGGGGAGUUCUUCACCCAACGCCUCAUCUACCGGAAGCUUGCGAAGCACUUUCAGGUGGCACCGGAGGAGUUCCGUCCCGAGGCUUAUGGCCUCCCCCCCGCCAGCCAGAUGUCAGGAUCCCGCUCCCCGAGGGGGAAGAGAGACCGGUUCUUGAAGACUCGGAGACCCUCCGGGAGUGCGGCCUUGGUGGUGAAGAGGAUGAAGCCGAGAGUGAGGCGAUAUCUACAGUUCCCCCUCUUAAAUUGUACUUCCCCCUUUUGGUGUUGUAAUUUGUUGGCCUCGGCCCCCUUUGUAAAGCACAAUCAAACUACUUUUUUCUUUGUUGAAUGAAUGAGUACACACGCCCUCGGGCCCCUGUUAUACAAUCUGUUUCCUUUAGAUUUGUUUAUUGCCGAAUGCAUGCCUUCGUCUUGAUUUGGAUGUAUGUCUUGAUAUUUGGAAUGUAUGUUUCCGGACUUAGAAUGUUUUCUGAUUGUAGCUUGCCACUGGAAGCCUUCGGUAGUUGGGCACCCUCUGCUGGAUAUGCAACUGAGGGUUCUGU